AUGGUACGCGCUGCAGAGCGCAAGCGAUCACCUUUGAUCAUUCAAGUGUUUCCAUGGGCUAUCACUGCAAGUGAUGGGCUGCUAGUUCGAGCAGCAGCUGAUGCUGCCAGCCGUGCCAGCGUGCCAGUAUCCGUCCACCUUGAUCAUGCACAGGAUGAGAAGCUUAUUCGACUGGCCGCUGACACCUUGCCCUUUGACUCGAUCAUGGUGGACAUGUCACACUACGAGAAGGCCGAAAACUUGUCAAAGACAGCUAUGCUUGUCGAGUACUGUCAUGCCAGGGGUAUCGCGACCGAAGCCGAGCCAGGUCGUAUCGAAGGCGGCGAAGAUGGCAUCGCAGACACAGCAGAUCUUGAAAGCAUGUUGACAACUCCGGAAGAAGUGGCCGAGUUCAUCGACACAGGAGUUGAUUUCCUUGCUCCUGCAAUCGGCAAUGUGCAUGGCGAAUACGGCUCCAGAGGUCCACAACUGGACUUCGAGCGUUUANAAAACAUUCGCGAAUCCGCACAAGCGAAGAACGUAAGGGUCGUGUUACACGGGACAAACUCGUUUGGCAAAGAUCUGAUACAUCAGUGUGUUGCCGCUGGUGUAUCCAAGAUCAAUGUGAACAAAUUGAUAUUGGAAGAUUUCCAGACACACCUCGAGCUCAACGCAUCGAAGCUUUCGUUAACGCAAUUGCUGGAAGCAGGAAUGACCGAGGUUCAAAGAGCCACAGAAGAACAGAUGGAUAUCUGCUUGUCAUCUGGAAAAGCAUGA